AUGGCAAGGCCCCCGGGCUUGUCGAACGCCGAGUGGAAGGCAAACGUUGAGCGCCGGGAGGCGGUCAUCACCGACCGGCCGCACAGUGCCCCCAAGCCGCGUGGGGAAAGCCAGCAGAGCGUCGCGUCGCCCGCCAACUACUCGCCGCCGCUGUGGGGGUACGCGGCCUCGCGUGACUACGCCGACGGCGACGCGCAUGGUGGCUCCAACUCCAACAUCACCUUCCCGCUUGGCACGCCGCCGCGCGCGUCCCCCUCCGGCUUCAACCACAACCCACGAAUUCCCUCCCCUGCAUUCGCCGCCGGCCUAAGCACCCAGUACAACUACUCUCCUACGCCAACGCUGACGCUAAGCCCGAACACUGAAGCAGUUCCCGUGACGACGCCGACGGCGACGUCUAGCCCGAGCACUGAAGCUGUGCCCAAACCGCCCCUGAGCCCGAGCACUGAAGCUGUGCCGACGCCGACCCCGCCCUCGGCCAGCCCUGCGGCAGAGGAGCCUGGCAUUUGA